CUGGAGACCGCGGUGCGCUGCUCAUGUCGACAACAAAACCCCUGAAGCCCCGCCAGCGAACAGCCAGGCUUGGACAGUGGGGCCCUGGCACACAGCGGCGCAUGUCCCAGCUGGGGAGAUGUGCCCAAGCGUGGGAGCUAACGGGCGCGACCGUGCUGGAGUGGGAUUGAUGUGCCUCAAGGAUAUAUGUUGCCUCAGGAAACCAAAACACGGCGACGAGUAAAUAAUAUCGAGGCUAGCAUCAUCGCAGGCCCAGGACUACUGCUGCACCGCCCAUCAUCCCAGCGAGCAUUUUCUCACGUGCCAGCAUAAUUGACGGCCGUAACUCGACUUGACCCAGAGACGACCCAGGGGGUACUUUGGGCUACAUCCAACCCUCUCGCUGUGUCAACCGCCAAGCCAUCCGGUUGGGUUUCCACGCUGUGCUGCCCAGCCAAUCCAGCCAAGCCUCGGGCGACGAUAAUCCAAACGACCAACCGACAACCGACAACCCAGCACACGAACCCGGCACACGAAUCCGGUACACGAACCGGCGACAGCGUUGUAUCGGCCGGUCGCUCCCUGUUGGCCUCGCUAGCAUCGGUCCCCCGUGAGGAGCCGUGAGACAAAAGCAUAAAGAACUGAGGCUCGCCCUGGGCGAAGCCGUCAAUACAGGCCACCGAGAUGUCAUUCUUCUUUGGGAGGGGUAGGAUUCGCACAAACACACUCGACCUAGCCAAGCAGGCCCGCGAACAUGUGCUCAGGCUUGACAACCAGAGCGGUGCCGGCAAGGCCGAGGAGCUAUCCAAAAUCCUCAGCCACAUGAAGCAGGUCAUGCAAGGCACAACCGAGGCCGAAGUCAACCCAGAGCAUGUGUACCAGGUGGUACUGGGCAUGAUCGAAGAGGACCUCCUGUACCUGCUGGCCGUCAACCUACACAAGCUGCCCUUCGAAUCGCGCAAGGACGCCCAGGUCAUCUUCUCGUCGGCCUUGCGCUUCCGGCCGCCCUCGGCCUCGGCCAAGAGCGACCCUGUCGCCCUCAGUUACGUCGUCACGCAAAGACCCCAGGUGUUGCUGGAGCUGUGCAAGGCAUACGACCACAAGGAAUGCGCCACGGCGGCCGGCUCGGUUCUGCGCGAGGUGCUGAAGCACGAGGCCGCCUGUACAAUUAUUCUAUAUGACGAAGGGGAGGAGGGCGGCACCCCCAAGCCCGUUGGCAGUAUUGACAAGGACAAGCCCCAGACGGGCAACGGCAUUUUCUGGCGGUUCUUCGACUGGAUUGAUAAGAGCUCCUUUGAAGUAUCCGCAGACGCCUUUACAACUUUCAGGGAAAUCCUCACCAAACACAAGGAGAUAGUACCUCACUACCUCCGGGUCAACUUCAGCCUCUUCUGCAGCAAGUACAACACUGUACUGGUGCAGUCGAGUAGCUAUGUGACAAAACGGCAGUCUAUCAAACUGCUGGGCGAGAUCCUGCUGGACCGGUCCAAUUACUCGGUCAUGACCGAGUACGUGGCUUCGGGCGAGCACCUCAAGAUCUGCAUGAACCUACUGCGCGACGACCGCAAGAUGGUGCAGUACGAGGGCUUCCACGUGUUCAAGGUGUUUGUUGCCAACCCCAACAAGUCGGUGCCCGUGCAGCGCAUCCUCCUCAUGAACCGCGACAAGCUCCUCAAUUUCCUGUCGCACUUCCUCGAGGACCGAACCGACGACGAGCAGUUCAUCGACGAGCGCGAGUUUCUCAUCAAGCAGAUCAGAAACAUGCCUGCCACCCCAGUUCCGCCCCCGGCGAGGUGAAGGAGAGGAAGCUUGGAGUGGUGACGGCCAUUCUUUACACCAACCGCGCGGACAGCAAAAGUAAAAGCACGCCAAAAAAAAAAAAAAGAGGCAGGGCUGUUGAGCAAGGGCUCGCAAGAUCGAUGGCUGGGACAGGCGAGAUCGGGUUCUCAUAGAGUGUGCAUCAACGGUUGAGGCGUUAUCUGGGACAGCAAGGGAGGGGCAUGCGGCGAGGCGGAAGGGGACGGCUUUAUGUCUACGAGGCAGCAGCCGCACAGGUUGAUCAAGAAACUCUGUGGGAUGGGGGGAGCGAGACGGAGUCCCAUGCGACCUGGGGCUCGGAACAGGAAAGGACAGGAUGGGACGGACGGACCAAAGACCCUCUAGAGCGGCCGAGCGCUCCGGCCGGGCGGUGCAGCUCGCGCCUUUCUCCCCAAGUCGGUGUACCGAAAGGUCCUUCUUGCAUGGUCGGGAGCCCAAGUGAGGCACGGAUUCCCAUUAGAGAGACGGAGCACACCUGGCUCUCGGACGGUCUCGGUCCGCAUAUGCGUGCUUGCGCAGGCCCUAAUACUUAUUUACCGACGCAAGGAAUAGGAGAAGAUGAGCAUCUACGUGAACGGACAAAAACGAACGAAUCACAGGGGAUAGAUGCCAGCCGCGACGCCCAUAACAACCGCCACCGCCACCGCCACCGUCUGCGGUUGAAGCGACGGAGAUGGCCCAAGCCACCAGGCUUUCAACGUAUCUUUCAUGUUGCCAGCGGUGCGCCGUCAUCAGCCACUCAUGAAAAGAUGCCGUGGGCUCAAAAUGCAAAGCAAGCGCAGGUGAAUCAGCAACCGAGGUUGGGUGGUAGCAGUAAGCAAUAUUUCAUUCGACCAUUUGUUGAUGGAGGCGCAUUUCAUAGAUGCGUCAUCUCUUGGGUUUAUAUCUGUACAUUUGAUUUGAUGUAUGUUUUUUUUUCCCGAGGCGCGGGCAGCUCAAGGCUCCUGCUCCCCCUAAACUCCAUCACAUCUCCAUUCAGAAGUCGCCACACGCGUACCUGUGUCAGACCGCUUUGUUAUUUCGCCUCGUCUCCUUGACCUCUCGGGCGGCGUCGUCUACGGGUGGGGUUGGAGAAAAUCGG